ACAUAUCCUGGAAUUAUGACACCACCAAUCUCCGCAAUCCAAGUGUAGUUUAGAUCCCAGACUUUUACAUCAAGCCCACGCUUUAGAAUGUAACCUCACCCACAACCGGAUAAACUAAACUAGCUUUCUUUCAUUUUCCUUGCUUCGGCAACUUUGAUUUUUCCAUCCAAAAUACUAGUUUUAUUUUAAGAGUUUGGGUUUUUGUCCUUUUUGUUAACCGUGUAACUUCAUUAAUUAUUUUUCAAUAAAUAAUAAUUAAAUAUUAUAUUGUUUGCAUUGACCGGGAAUCGAAUAUUUUUAUUUUGGGAUAAUUCCUGAUGAGUCCCUGGAUGGUCGGAGUCUUAUUGUUUCAACAAGGCAAGUGGGUGUUCCAGAUCCAUCAUCGAAGCUGGAAAUACAUGUUUCCAGGAUUUUAGGAAGUUUUUCUUGGUUGUUUUAUGGGCUUAAAUCGAAGCCGUUUAAGAUCUUCUGCUCCGUUUCACUCCAAGCCUUUGUUUCGUAGACAUCUUCAAUCCAUGAAAACUAGAAAGAUUUUCGGCGUUUCACUUUCUAUCCUCCUUAUAAACUUGGCUGCCAUUAUGGAACGUGCUGAUGAAAACCUCCUUCCAUCUGUCUACAAAGAAGUUAGUGAAGCUUUCAAUGCUGGGCCAUCUGAUCUUGGGUAUCUCACCUUCAUAAGGAACUUUGUGCAGGGCCUGGCAUCUCCCUUGGCUGGCGUACUCGUAAUUAACUAUGAUCGCCCUACGGUUCUCGCUAUAGGUACGAUGUGCUGGGCCUUAUCGACUGCUGCAGUGAGUGGAAGCCAACAGUUUCAUCAGGUUGCAAUGUGGAGAGCAGUUAAUGGCUUUGGACUGGCAAUUGUAAUACCAGCACUUCAGUCUUUUAUUGCUGAUAGUUACAUGGAUGGUGUGAGAGGGGCUGGAUUUGGGCUGCUAAGCCUUGUUGGCACCUUGGGCGGCAUCGGUGGUGGUGUUGUUGCUACCGUAAUGGCUGGUCAGCAGUUCUGGGGUACGCCUGGAUGGCGUUGUGCCUUCAUUUUGAUGGCAACGUUAAGUUCAUUCAUAGGACUCCUUGUGUUCCUAUUUGUUGUUGAUCCUAGGAAAACAGUUAGUGUCAAUCAUGAUGCCAGAAUUAAUUUAGAAAGGGAUGAGUUGGUAGAAAAAGGGAAUGGUCGUGUCUCGUCUGUUUGGUCCGAGUCCUGGAUGGCUACGAAAGCUGUUAUUAGAAUUCCAACUUUUCAGAUAAUUGUCUUGCAGGGAAUUAUUGGUUCACUACCAUGGACUGCCAUGGUGUUCUUUACCAUGUGGUUUGAACUAAUUGGUUUUGAUCAUAAUUCUACAGCAGCACUUUUAAGUCUUUUUGCCAUCGGAUGUGCUAUGGGAUCCUUUCUUGGUGGGGUAAUAGCAGAUAGAUUGUCACAAAUUUACCCCCAUUCUGGGCGUAUUAUAUGUGCACAAUUCAGUGCCUUUAUGGGCAUACCAUUCUCAUUGUUCCUUCUUAAAGUGAUCCCACAAUCAGUGAGCAGUUAUUACACCUUUGCUGUAACCCUGUUUAUGAUGGGCUUAACCAUCAGUUGGAAUGCCACGGCUGCAAAUGGUCCUAUGUUUGCCGAAGUCGUCCCUUCUAAACAUAGGACCAUGAUCUAUGCAUUCGACCGUGCUUUUGAAGGAUCGUUUUCAUCUUUCGCAGCUCCCUUGGUAGGUAUCCUAUCAGAGAAAAUGUUUGGUUAUGAUUCAAAAUCUAUCGAUCCGAUCAAUGGUUCUCCACGCGAGGCAUUUGCUUUGUCCAGAGGGCUACUAUCAAUGAUGGCAAUUCCAUUUGGUUUGUGUUGUUUGUGUUACACGCCGUUGUACAAACUCUUCAGGCGAGACCGUGAAAAUGUUAGAUUGGCGGCUGUGAAAGAGGAAGAGAUGAUUUGAUCGAAUACUUGGUUAUUUUCUGAGAACUUGGUUCACAAUUUCUUUCACUAUGAGGCGCAGACAUAUACUACCUUCUAUGGCAACAUCUUGCUCAUGAAGUUCCACUAACUUGUCAAGAAAUUCAUUAUUAUGCUGGUCAUACAUUGCCAGCCUGUAAUUGUAGAACCAUUGCGAUUUUAUUAUAAACCAUUUCUCUAUCAGCUGCCUUGAUUAUAGGACUUUUAGAUAUAACUUAAAAGGCACAUUAAAAUUAUAUCUCUAUCCUGUAAGCUAAUAAGCAGAAUUAAGAGAUCUAAAGAGCAUGCAAUAUGUAACCUAAGGUACAUGCAUACAAAAAUGAUUCAUGUCAAAGAUGGCUCUGAAGAUGAAAUCUGGUUCAGGAAUUAUUUCAAUUAUGGGAAUGAUUUGUUGCUCAAUGUUCAACAAGCACCUAAAUCCUUGUACUCAAAGCAAAAACAGGCUAAAGAAAGAAACAAAGAGGUAUUCAUUUUCAGAGAGAGAGAGAGAGAGAAGAUGUCACAUAAUAUGCAAGUGCAUGAAAUUCGGUCUAUUGACUCUAUCCUAGUUCCAAAUUGAGAUUAUAUGCCACAGAAUCAUACAACAGCUUUGGGAAAAGCUAGAGUGAAACAUUGAUGGAAUUUUUAUCUGGUUGGUCUUGCAGGAAAAGUGAGAAAAUCAAAGCAGACAAUAGAGGGCAAUUUGCAGGUAAAUUAUACAACCCACAGAAGCUCAAGUGUUUAUGACGUGUGCAUUUGCGCAUUCAGCGACCUUGCUAAAGCUAGACACACCGUGGGAAAAAGGUUUGCCCAACAUACCCGCCAGACAUAGCCCUCCUCACA